AUGUUGAAAGUCGUGCUCCUUUGCUUCGAUUUGAAGCCACUGGAAAAGAUCAGCCGAUACAACCAAACUCCGUCCACUUUUCCCUUCAAAUGGGCAUCCAUUGAGCUAUGGGUGAAGGAAAUGAGCACUUGCAAAUCAAAAUGUGGUGGACCCGGCUACGCUAGCCCGAAGGAGGCGAUAAUGGGCCCAAGAGAGAAGGUACUGUUCACAGCUUGUGCCCAUACGAAGGGAACGACGGAAGAUAUGUUGGUUGCCAUAGAUGUCGACCCAAACAGUGCCACCUUUUGUGAGGUGCUCUCCCGAGUUGUGUUUCCUUAUAAGGGUGAUGAAGUGCACCAUUCCGGCUGGAACGCCUGCUCUUCAUGUCACGAUAAUCCUUCUGCCAAAAGGAGUCAUCUGGUGCUACCUUGCCUGAAUUCGGAUCGCAUCUACGUCGUGAAUGUCACUGACGCAAACAAUAUUCCGCUUAGAAAA